AUGGCGCUCAAGACCGUGGCUGGUAAGAUCCGUUUCAAAAGCUACGAAAUUCUGUUAUUUUAGUUUUGUUAUGCUCUUUCGCCACAUCUCUGGCAGUUCUACCGGAUGUCGGAGUGCCAAAUUACAGUUGUCCUGGUGAUUCGAUGAAAAAAAGCAAAAGUAUCCCGAAAAACGUCAACUCACUGCGGCCGGCUGAUAUUAAAGUUGUUAUGGCGCUGGGCGACUCCUUGACUGUUAGUUUAUUUUAAGCAAAAAAAAAAAUAGUUUUUAUGACAACCCAAAUAUAUUUUGUUUUUACUUCAUUUUUUUAAUUGGAAUGCUUCAUUUCAAGUUUUCAGGAGUCGAGGAAACUUCGCUACUGAGUUUAAUAAAGCCCUAGGAAAAUAUUUGGAACUGAAGUUGAGGAUAAAGUUUAGCAAGAAGGAGAAGGUCAGCAAAGGAUGUAACGCUUCAAUCGUUCCUCGUACAGUAGGAGAGUUUAAGUUUGAGAAAAAUGAAAAAAAGCUUCUUUAAUUAAAUGUUGUAUGAAUCAUACGAUUUUGAGAAGCCUUGGGUGGACUUGACCGAAUAAUUGUUUUUGAACUUCUUCAGAGCACAAACUGCAGUAAUUUUGGUAAUCACCACAAAACACGCUGUUAGAUAAGAAUAUGCCCCCUUUCUCAAAAAUUAAAAACGCUGAAAUAAAGACAAUAGACAGCUUGAUAGAAGUUACUUGGGUAAUUGAAAAAAAAAAUAAAAAUUUCUUUUUAAUUACUGAAAGUGGAACAAAUUUUUUUCAUUUGCUUGAAUGGAAAAAAAGACAUCAAGGAUGCAAGCUUAUUCUAUUAAUAGUGUAAAACAUUUGAAACGGCGUCAUACUGCAACUAAUUAAAAGAAUGGGCCCAAGAAACAUCUCUGUCUUUUUUAGAAAAAAAAACGCCACAAAAGCUAGGAAUUUUUUUUUUUUGAAAUCCAAAAGACCUCUUAACGGGGCGCGCCGUAGCGCAACAGGUUGUGUGCCUGUCUACGGUUCACAGGGUCACAAGUUCGACCCCCGCCUUGAUCCGACCAAAGGGUCUGAGAUUUGUUGGUAUUGGGACACCAAAUCUUCGAAAAUCGCCUAGUCGUACACGUGCUGUAGAUCUUGGCUUUGUGUAUAUAGUCUGUGUGACACGACAUGAAAUUUCACCGAACGACAUUCCGCUGUUCCGCUGCGUCGCGAAGCGUCUUUCCGAGCCUCGGUCUCGCAUUGAGUUGGUUUCCAUUUCUGAUAGAUGGGCUGUUCCUCUAGGAAAACGUGUUGGUCGAGUUCUUAAAUAAAAUGAAAAACUAAAGGCGCACAAAGGCACGCAGCGGAAUAGCAAAAUGUCGUUCGGUGAAAUUCCAAGUCGUGGUACACAGACCAUAUUGGAAACGUUUCGUUUCUUCGUGUUAAGUGAGUUUUGAACUAGUGAAAGACGCUCCAUGCAGAACGAAUUCUGCGUGGAAUUUCGGUUUUUGAAUCAAUAAGAUGAGUACCGAGGUAGAUGAAUCUAUCCAUUUAGACGAUUCUUUUUCCUUCAAUUUCCAACUGUUCAACCGCUUCGACGCGACUCCAACUAGAAAAAACUUUCUAGAGAUUUCGAAAUUUAGAGAAAAAUAACGUAGUUUGUCAGGUUUAUUGUUUGUAAACAGAAAAAAGGUUUAGACAGAAUUUUCAGUCUUCUUCGAAAAGGUGAUCUGUUUGAGGCGGCAAAUGGAGCUGGAGCAGAAGAUCCACUGGCGGUUGUUCUCCAGUACAGAGGCCUCGCGUUCCAAGCUGGUGGAGACAAGACUUUAGACGAGCAUGCCACUAUCCCGAGCAAGCUCUCUAUCCCGUUUCAAAUUUGUUUUUCAAAUUUCCAGAUAUUUUGAAGAAGUACAACCCUAACCUUUUUGGAUAUUCUGUUGGAAUCGGUUCUCCCAACGUCUGGGAAAUCGCUUAUUUGAACGUCGCAAUGCCUGGAGCCAACGCAAAAGAUCUUCCUGGACAAGCAAGACAGCUGGUUUCGCUCCUGAAAGAGCACACCGAGGUUCUUACAGAGAACUGAACAGAUCUAUGAAAACUCGAUCAUAUCGUUUUUUUAAAUUUCAACUCGUCAUUGAAUUUUCAAGAUUCCGUUGAAAGUUUUUUAUUUCACUAUUUGCAUGGAAAUUUGAGUAAUACAAUUUCCCAUGAACUUCAGCGUAAAAAUGAUUUGUAAGCGCCUGUUAUAGCGAGGACUAUAAGUCACCGUGAUAACCUGUAGAUUCCAAUUUCUAUUAAAACGGAAGAAUCUUGCUUCAAGAGGCUCAUUAAUCCAGAUUUUUCUGAGAAGGAAAAAUCAAUCGAAAAUCUCAGCUCUCGUUGAAAAAGAGAGUGGAAAAUUAUUAAUCAGAAACUUUGAAGUUCGCUCAUUUUCGAAAUGUAAAAAAUACAUUUAUUAUUCAGCAAGACUAUCACAAGCAAAAAAAUUCGGCUAAACUUCCCAAGUCAAAGAUAAUGAUAAUCGAUUUCGUGAAAUUCACGAUUUUUCAGUCCGUCAACAUAAAAGAAGAUUGGAAAAUGCUCAACAUUUUUAUCGGUGGCAACGACAUGUGUGGCUACUGUCGUCACUCCGUAAAAAAUCUCAAUUCACCGCAUUUAACCGUAUUUUCCAGAGCUACGCGCCUUCAAUUUGUGUCUCAGAAAUACAAGAAGCUAUCCAGAUAAUUUACGACAAUGUUCCGCGCGUCAUCGUCUCACUCACCACUAUGUUGCAUUUGGAGAUCCUACGCAAAACUGACUCUGGUCACUUUUUCUGCACUCGUCUUCAUCAGUGAGUGAAAUGUCACGACUUGAAACAGUUAUUCUUGUCUUAGCCUUUGUUUUUUAUUGGCGCGGUAAUAAACACGGGUAAAAAGAAAUAAUAAAGUGAUUUCGAAUGGUUUCCAAAAAACUGAGACUAUUACGAGUCAGGAAAAUUGGAAAAAACCAUAUUUCAGUGACGAGUGUGGUUGUGAAAGCAACACUACUUUCACCGACGCCGACAUAGAAAAGGUCUUUCAAAAAUAAACUUUUAUUUCGAUUCCGGUUUUUCAGGCUUGUGUAGAAUACGCAGACUUGGAAAUACAACUUGGAAGCAAUGGAACUUUUGAACGUGACGAUUUUUCUUUAGUUGUGCAACCAUUUUUCCGCGAUGCUGACCAGCCACCUAUGAAGGUUUGUUUGAAAACCAUGAAAACUUGGAACUCCACUUAGAAGCUCCAGGAAAGGAAUCUUUUACAGAUAGUUCAGAAGUUAUGAUUUAUCGGAAUCGAAAAUUUCGAAUGGCUUCAAAACUUACUUACUUUGAUAACUUUCUUUGGCAAUUUUCUCAGCCGGAACCACUCGCUUUCCAGGCGGCAUGGUGUUGCGCAACAGUCAUCCAGUGGCGUCGUGUGUGACUGAUGUUCUUGCGGAAGCUGUCCGUCCAUCUGCGCGAUUAUUGUUUCUCGGUAGGCAGUGUCUUGUUCUCGUAGACCAGCGAUCGUCUUGUCUGCGGAUGACGUGUCAGCCCCAGCAGUGAUUCUCGCGCUGGAUGUGCUCUUGGAAGUCGUGGAUUUGGAACAGUUGAUGGAGAUCUGUGCUUCUCUGUCCUUUUUUUCACUUCUCAAAGCGAGUGGUGCCAAGAAAAGCCCGUUCCAGUGCACAAAGAGCGGUUGCGGACUUCUUCGUUUCAGACCAGACUUUCUCUGUGUAGUCGAUGAUCACAGGGAUCACGGAUGUUCUGCUUCCCGCUAGCGUCUAGUUCGUUAGGCAUAGACAACAAGUCGGCGGUGUCAUCAGCGAAGAGUACGAUGUCGUCGGCGAAUCGAAGUUUCGUUAGGACCUUGUUGUCAACUUCCCCGAGAGUGAGCAGCUCUCCGUGUGUCAUCUUGCUGCAGCUGGUUUUUCGAUGUUCGCAUUACGGUUAGCUGCUAGAAGUUGUUCGACCACCACUUCAGAUGUUAACGUGCGUCAAUUGAGAGUUCCAAAUCGCGAACAUUCGGCGUGGUACGUCCGCUGUCCAUCGCCUUGGUAUCCUGAUACUCCGCGAUUCGAUUGCCUCUUGUCGGCAGAGGCUGCCCACGAUACUGGAGAGGCGCUUGUCCGACGAAAGGAGGACUGGAGCCGUGGUGUUUGACGUGUAGUAGCACAUGUGUGGGCUUCUAAUUUGCCUUGCUAGGGCUGUUGGAAGUAACCAAGUUCGGCUUACUCAUGUAGGGUUUUCGUUGGCGCCGCGUGAAGGAACCGACGUCACCCCUCGGCUUUAAAAAGGUUUUGCAAACUUUAAAGUCCGGUGAGAACUUCAGUGGCAGUCAGACGCAAAACUUACGCCAGUAAGAUCCCUUCUAUCGACUUUUUCAAAUUCAGCUCGAUUUUUCAUAGAGAAUCUAUAAACACUAAAAAAGCUACUAUUCAAGUUUUAUUGAUUUACUUUUAGAAAACAUCUUUUCUCAAACUUUCUUGAAAUACUAAUUGAUCAAAUUGAAGGAUGGUAAGCCGUACAUGGGCUUCUUUGCUCCUGACUGCUUCCACUUUUCACAAUGGGGUCAUGCAGUUGUGACAACGUGGCUCUGGAAGAACUUGCUUGAACCGGUUGGGUCCAAAACGACCAACGCUUCUCUCUCGUAUCCAAGCCUUCCGUUAGCUUGUCCAGACCUGGUGAGACUUUUUUCUCACAUUUUAAAAUGUUGAGCUUUUCCAGGCUUGCCCUUUCAUAAGAACGACGAAAAAUAGUGCAGACUGCAGCGAGUACAUGACGCCCGUCUCUGAACAUUGA